UGCUUGUAAGGGGAGAUCACUGACUGGCUUCGUGUGAAUAAAAAUAAACGGGGGAAAGAGGAGAAUUCUUUGGCCUUGAAACCUAUAUUUUCGGGUUCCACGAGGGAGUUUAAAAAUACACUUCACUGCAUAGUGAAGGCAACCUGCUAUUUGAAACAGUACGUUGAUCGUCUAAAUUCUCCUGCAUUCCAUAUUUUAUUCGUGAAACUAUUAGCAUUCGCCGGAUUUAUUUUCAUUCUGAUUACGGAAUAGGUGCAUGGAUUCUUAAAAGGAUUAGCAUGUGUGACAUAGUACAGAUUUCACUUCGCCUUUACAAUUUUAGCGAAAUAUCUGAGAAUUAGGAUCCGUCUUCUUUUCAACUCUAGAACUUUACACAUCUGCUUUGUCGUGAGCACAGCCCAACUGUCAGUCACAUUGCCAGGUGAGCCCAGCUUUCACAUGGCCAGGAGAGCCCAGCUGUCAGUCACAUUGCCAGCAGAGCCCAGCUUUCACAUGGCCAGGAAAACCCAAAAUGUCACAUUGCCAGGAUAACCCAACUGUCACAUUGCCAUGACAACCCAACUGUCAGGGCUGAAUUCGCUGUUGUGCCAAAGUUGAGCCACUUCGGAUGGCCCGAUGUCCACUUGCUCAGGGACAUAAAAAAGAAAAGACAAAAAAGACAAAAGCUACUGGAUAUAAAAUUGAUCCACAUUUUCUAAACACUUAACGCCUAAGUUAACUACAAAGCUAAUUUGUACAUUCCUACUGAGGAGACCGCGUUUGUGCACCCCCCCCCACACCAGGAAGCAGUGGCUGCAGCGGAACCGGAAGUCGUCACGAAAGUCCAGGAGAAGGAUUACGAGGAUAUGAUACGUCCAUGGCAAUGAACAGCUCUGUCUCUCUGAGCCUCCAUUUCUCCUGCGUAUUUUAUGGGCCACGCUCUCGCUCCAGGAGAGGAUCGUUCACCACGCUGUACCGAUGACCAAAAUUAACUCAGCCACGUUUUCAAGGUAAAUCUAGGUCCUGGAUACCAGUAGACUUUGUUUUUCAAAAUUACAUGAAGACUCCCAUGUUCUCAUUCAAAAGGAUGUUUUUGUUUUUUUUUCUAAUUAAUGAAACUAUUUCUAAAUGAAUAAAUGAGUCUCGAUCGUGUGAACAUCAAGAUUUGUACUUUGUUAAUCUUUGUUUUAUUUUGGAACAAACGCGAUAAAUUCGGAAAUGGGGCGCCCCAGACAAUGCCCAUUGUUUGGAGACAAAUUGUGUUUAUAGUUUUAGUUGUACAACCAUAUGAGACCCUCCACAUCUACAGGUCAGAAUGACUUCUCGGCUGACAUUCAAAAGUUCUUCCAUGGGCAGUUUCGUCUCAAACGGUAAUGAGAGACUACCCAUGAUGCAUCAGGACUCUAGACCGGAGCGUGCCUCAGCAUCGCUAAAGCAGAGUCUCUACGGCACGUCAGGAUCCUCAAACGAGGAGCACAUUCCUCUUCUGCCUGAAACGGAAACUUUUGCUGCCACGAAUGACUGCGUGAAAAGCACGAACCACAAUCUACUGAAAAACAUGGCACGUGCUGUGCGGGCCAGGACGUCCAGUUUGGCCAGCGACGUCUCCAGCCAGCACAGUAAGGAUAUCGACUCUGGAAACAGCUCGCUCAUCGACAGCAGCUCCUCCGACAGUUGCCACGAGUUCGGCAGAAGCCGGUCAAGAACGACCAGUAGCUCGAAAUCGGACCAGAAUUUGUCGUCAUAUCUUCUGCUGGACCACAUGACUGCUCAGGGUGUCGCAAGGCUCGCUAUUAGGUCUACAGGUGAGAUGCGUGACACGCCUACGUGUCGGUCAGCUUCCUUUGCGUUGAAACAUUGGAAAUAUUCCACCCAAAGCACUUCUCAAGACUACUCCGGCAGUCUUGAAGAUUUGCAGACCUUGAAGGCUGCUACGCCAAAAGAGAACAAGUGCAUCAAGGGCCAAGGAGAACGCUCUGGAUCCUUCGGCGCCCCAUUCUUUCCCACUAAUUCUCACUCACAAUCUUGCCACCAUAUUUUCUGGGAAAACGACCUCACAGUUUCCCAGCUUUACAGUCACACAGAAUGCAGCAUAAGAGAAUGGAAUAAAAAUAAGAGUUUCAGUGCACAAACUAAAUCACGAGAUUUAUCUAGCAGGCGUGCUUAUUCGACAGGGAAUAUUGUUUCGUUAGAGGAAACUUGUACUAGCAUGUAUAAUCACAGGACAAAGGCUAGCACUAGGGGUCACUGUAGCUGUGGUAGCUGGGAUGACCACGCGAGCACAUCUAAGGCUAGCAUUACAUCAUCCGGUUCUGGUGGAUAUAAGGAGCCGUUUGCAUCUUCCAGGCCAGACUAUUUACCUAAGCCCGAUGAACUCGAAUGGGGUCGCUCCGAUGCCUCCAUGGCGUCUCUUACAUGUCUUUGUCAGUCAUCAAGUGACAGUGACAGUCUUCAAAACAAAAUAUCCAUUUCAAAUGUAACAGAAGCGGACAUCCUAGCAGCGUCAGAAAGUAACGUUGGCUCAGCCUAUCCAGAGGCUGUAACAAGUUUAGAUUCAAAGACGUCUGCAUUCCUGCAUCACACUAAAGAAUCCAACGCAGUCCAUGAUAUUAAAUCUCAUGUCCCAAAACUUAACUCUGUUCUUUGUUACGGCGCCCCACUGGCGUACACCUCCUUGAAGUUCAAAGACAACAGCACUCAUGGCAAAGAAUACCAGCAUCCACUUCAGGUGUUAGUUCCUAGACUUUGUCAGACAGCUUGCCCACCCCCCAACUUGAAGAUCAAUGCUAAGAAUGCUGCGUGUCUAGCGGCGCCCCCGCCUCCAGAUCUGGUGACUCAUCAGCACGUCUCCUACCUCGAUAAGGCGCACGACUCGCAACCCCAUAAAAGUUUUCCAGGGGAUGACCGAGUCAAAAGAACUCCCCCAGAUCAUAUCAGUGACAGGACACCCGCGCCUCCACUUUGCAAUGAACAAAACGACACUAUCACACAUUGCCUUAGUCCCGAUGCGUGUUAUAUUCUUGACCAAAACAGAGUGACCUACAGUCACAUAGAAAUACUCACGAACGCUAAAAACAAACCCACAACUCCCCACGUCCAGACCUCAAAUUCAUCCUAUGCGAUCACAAUCGAUCCCUCAUCCGAAAGCCUGCAGUGUCAUUCCAGUAACCAGUUUCUCGAAGGCCAACUUGUUUCUGACAUCAGAUCUUGCAGCCGACUUCCAAACCCAUCUAGUCAAAAUAUAACUGAAACAAACCUUGACCCAUCCACUCAACCUCUCUCAGACUACGUGAAGACCAGCAGAUGCCAGGAAAUUCCCUCGCAAACAGGUCUCGCCAUUACCAUCCCCGAGUCGUGCUUCGAUAACCAGUUAGCUGGAGACCAUCCAGUCAUCAACGCUAUCAACCGGUUUCCUGCCGAAGGCGACGCAUUUUGCACGCCUCGCGACAAGGCCGGCUUUCGCCAGUCUGUGUCCCACAGUAUUGAGAGCGGAAAUGAAGAAAGGCCGCAAGGUUCACCUCACCCACAUUCUAGUCAGACCGAGUUGUUGCAGACCACGAGGUGUAAAGUUGGCCAUCACCUGUUGCACUGGAACAGUGAGGUGCCUGAUUAUCGACUUCUCUGCCUGGCAGCCACCAUCUUCAAUCCUGUAUUUGGUGUGUUGGCCUUCUUGCUGAAUUACUUGGGGGUGCGAAACUACACCAGUCACAGACUGAACCGUGCCAACAACUUUUACCUGGCCACCAUCAGCAUCAGCACAUCUGGCAUCUUCUUGACCCUCAUCGGCCUGGGCAUCCUCGCCGCCCACGCGGUGACCAUGAAGCCGCCGCCCGGGAGCAACGCCACCGUGUACCUGUGCCACGCCAGCGACGAGACUUACAUGCAGUUCUUCAGCCUGAGUCGGGAGAAGUACUGCGAGCUGAAGGACAACACCAUUGUGAUGGAGGCACUCAAGCAUUACUACCUCCUCGACCAGCAUCACAGGAACAAGCACGCGCGGCCAGAGUCGGAGCAGCUCCCUAAGAGCAACACCUCCGCCGAGGUUAACGACCCUGACAAUUCCCCCAGCCUGAGCUUUCAAGAAGUUGAUUACCGCAGCUUCAACGAGACCUUAGACUCAGAGCCUGAAGACUCCAUGCUCAGGAACACUGUUAAAGAAUCAAAAGAAAAACCAGUCAUGUCUGAAGAGAUUCAAAAACUGUAUGACAGCUCGCUAAAUAUCACUUCUCAAACUUCCAACAGUUUUCUAUAAGGCCUUGAUGAAAAGGUGACAUUUUUUAUUUGUUACUCAUUGAAUAUUCUCUUGUACGGGCAUAAAACGUACAUAAAACUUGGGCCUUAGACUUUUUUGUUUUGAUUAUAUAGGUCACAUUGCUAUAAGCAGGAGGCACAUGAAAUGGCGAUUCCUAAACAAUUUGUUUUAAAUAUCUUUUGUUACCGAGAGUAGGUGCUGGAGUGGCGCCGUAAAGUUUUCUAAACAUUAUACACAUUUAGUUUAAACACUAUUGAUGAAAUUAGAAAUACUAAACACAUUUUACGUAGCAAGGAGAUUAUAUAUAUUGGGGAAAUUUGACAAGUCGCGGCUAUAAUAAAAAUCAGGCUUUUCUUUGAGUCCGAAGAUUAAUGAGGGAUGCAGUAUCUCCCGUCGCAGCUAGUAAUCUUAACCACAUACUUUCAAAGCUAUUUGAUGGGCAAUGAUCAAAGCUACAGCCUGUUGUCCUAGGUACACAACAGCAAUGUAUAAUAGCUACAGCAUGACAGCAAUAAUUGCUGCUCGAUUGGUCAGCAUUAACGUUUCUAUUUGUCUUAGCUGCCAGUUGUCACUAUUCUGAGCUGCCAAUUGUCAGUGGUCUGAGCUGCUAUUUGUCAGUGGUCUGAGCUGGCAAUUGUCAGUGGUCUGAGCUGUCAAUUGUCAGUGGUCUGAGCUUCCAGUUGUCAGUGGUCUGAGCUGCCAGUUAUCACUAUUCUGAGCUGCCAGUUGUCAGUGGUCUGAGCUGCCAAUUGUCAGUGGUCUGAGCUGCCAAUUGUCAGUGGUCUGAGCUGCCAAUUGUCAGUGAUCUGAGCUGCCAGUUGUCAGUGGUCUGAGCUGCCAGUUAUCACUAUUCUGAGCUGACAAGUGUCAGUGGUCUGAGCUGCCAGCUGGAAGUAAUUAGUGCUUCCAGUUAGCAGUGGUCUUUUAUUUUAGUGUUUUUUUUUAAGAACACAAGAAAGACUUGUUAAAACAAAAACAUAAACUAGAUAUAUUAGCCUCUUUUUACUUUAGUAUUGGGACGCACUUGGAUAAUAGUGUUUUUUUUAAUGUGUGGCUUAGGUAGCAAAGGCAGCGAUGGUAAACCUAACAGAUAGAUUUACUGGUAUUUUCAUUGUUGAUGAUUCGUAUUCAAAGGAAUAUAACUCAAAUAUAACAAGUAUUAACAAUUGUGUUCCCUAGCUCUCAGAUCACCCUCACAAGCUUUUAAGACUUUAACCUCGUCAACGUCCUUACUAUAGAUACAGCAUAUACAUAGAAGCAUCAUCUCUAUAGAUACAGCCUUUACAUAGAGACAUCAUCUCUAUAGAUACAGCAUAUACAUAGAAACAUCAUCUCUAUAGAUACAGCAAAUACAUAGAAACAUCAUUUCUAUAGAUACAGCAUAUACAUAGAAACAUCAUUUCUAUAGAUACAGCAUAUACAUACAAACAUCAUUUCUAUAGAUACUGCAUUUAUAUAGAAACAUCAUCUCUAUACAUUCAGCAUAUAUAUACAAACAUCAUUUUAUAGAUACAGCAUAUACAUAGAAACAUCAUUUCUAUAGAUACAGCAUAUACAUAGAAACAUCUUUUCUAUAGAUACAGCAUAUACAUAGAAACAUCAUCACUAUAGAUACAGCAUAUACAUAGAAACAUCAUCUCUAUAGAUACAGCAUAUACAUAGAAACAUCAUCUUUAUAGGUACAGCAUAUACAUAGAAACAUCUCUAUAGAUACAGGAUAUACAUAAAAACAUGAUUUCUGUAAAUAAAGCAUAUACUUAGAAACAUCAUCGCUAUAAAUAGAGUCUAAACAUUGUAACAUCAUCACUAUAAAUACAGUAUAUACAUGGAAACAUCAUCACUACUAUAAACAUCAUCUUUAUAGCGACAGCAACUACAACAUAGAAAUAUCACCAAUGAGUUGUCUAGUUUAAACAUUUCUUAAAUGACAUAUACAUUUUUAAAUUUCUCAGGGAGGCAUUGACUUUGUUCGCGUAGUUUAAUUAUAGCAUAUAGGCCAGUGCAGGUCCAGUUUAGUCUUGAAGCUCAACACGUUGAAAAUGAAACAAGUUUGAUCGCAUCUUCCAACCCAGAUUACAGAGACGUUGGAAUGGUGUCUUGUGUCGUUGUCUUCUCAUGUCAUUCAGAAAGUCUGUGUGUAUCUUUGUUUUAUACUGACGAAACAGUAGGUAGUUAUGACAAUGUUUUUUUAAGAAACUUAGAUCUGAGUUGUUAAACACAUGAGUUGAACUUCAUGAGUCUUCUUUUAAUUUUAUCCCGAAAGUCUUUUCUAUGUGUAUCUUGUUUUAUACUGACGAAACAGUAAGUAGUUAUGACAAUGUUUGUUUUUUUAAGAAACUUAGAUCUGAGCAGUUAAACACAUGAAAUGAGCUCCAUGAGUCUUCUUUCAAUUUUAUCCCGAAAGUCUGUUCCAUGUGUAUCUUGUUUUAUACCGGUACUGGUUAAUAUAGUGAUUUAGGUCAUUGUUUUAAAGAAACUUAGAUCUUACAAGAUUAACACAUGAGUUGAACUCCUGUUAUACUUUCUUUAAAUUACUUUGCAUAUUGUAGACAAUUUGCAAUAAUAUAAACUGUAUUGGUUGCAACGCAUUGUGGCAAAAAAAGACAACCGGAAUACAUGAAAUGCCUUUGGUACGUUAUAGCAAUGGAGUUGGAAGCUAGUAUCGGUACAUGAAGUAUACAAACAUUUGCAUCUCUUUUUUGGUACAUGUAUUUUUAUUUGUUUAUCUGUUUGUAAUUGUACAGAAUGAAGGCAAUAUUUUUAACCUUAAAUCUUUUUCUCUAUUUUUAUAGUUGUGAUUUUUUUUCCCUUUAUAUCAACAUUACAUUAUAAUAUCGUGUCUCUUGUAUUUCAUAGACGUGAAUCUAUUUUUCAUUCAUUUUAGCUGUCAAAUUCUGUUCGCUAUAUUUUUAUGAAUAACAGGAUUUUUUUAUUAUUGUUAUCUUUCUUGGAUCUAUCACAAUGUUUGAUUUUGUGUGUAAAGAAAAAUAAGCAUUAUUUUUUUUUUGUUGGGUAUCCUCCACUGAUUGUAGUAUUUUCUAUUGGACAUGCUCACAAAUAUCGUAUUUGUUUUUUUUUUUAAGUAUUAUUGUUUAAUUCUCAGUGGCAGCUGUUAUGAAGUGAAGUUUUAUAAGAAUAACUUUAAAAAACAUUUUUAAAAAUAUAAAAAAAAAAAAAGAAAAAAGCUUAUAUUAAGUGUGAAUGUAUUUAAUAAAAAAAAUUUAAAAGUUAGACGACUUACACUCGAGCUCUAGGGAUCAAGCCUCUCAGACCAAUACGCUAACCAGUGUGCAAGGAAGUUUCUUCAUAGUUAUCUCUUGUUAGUCUCAAACUUUUAAGCGACGAACCUAUAAAGGGGACUAAUUCAGCUUAUACCACCACAUCUGCCCAGUACCAUUUCUUUCCCUUGUUCGAUACCAAACAAAAAUUAUGAAUUGCCAAUAGUUAAAUUAUUAACUGGUUAAUGUUUUGUCAGGUACGUACGAGAAAUAACUGUACACAACUUCAGCUUAAUCCGUGACUGGGUGUGGGAUCAGACAGUCAGACAGACAUUGUGUUGAUAUGAGCAAACUUUAAAAAAGAGAGUUGACUCUACUCUAAUUACGUUUUGAUUCCAAUGAAGAUAUUUGAGAUAUUGACUAUAGAACUGACAAUAUCUAAUGCAACCAUUUAAGGCUCUUUUUUUCUUUUCUAGAAAUUCGACCUCAUAGUCGUAAAUAAUCUUGUUAGCAGAGAAGUGGUAAAUAAUCUUGUUAGCAGAGAAGUCGUAAAUAAUCUUUUUAGCAGAGAAGUCGUAAAUAAUCUUGUUAGCAGAGAAGUGGUAAAUAAUCUUGUUAGCAGAGAAGUGGUAAAUAAUCUUGUUAGCAGAGAAGUGGUAAAUAAUCUUGUUAGCAGAGAAGUGGUAAAUAAUCUUGUUAGCAGAGAAGUGGUAAAUAAUCUUGUUAGCAGAGAAGUGGUAAAUAAUCUUGUUAGCAGAGAAGUGGUAAAUAAUCUUGUUAGCAGAGAAGUCGUAAAGAUCUUAGUCAUAAAUCGUUGCAGACGCCUCUCAAGAAAGCGGUAUUAAUUUUAAAAUGUCCUUCACUUCAACUUCACCUAUCCCUUAGUCUGUUGGACUGUUGGGGCACCACACAAAAUCUGUCGACCGUCCUUUUCGAGCCCUGUAAUAUGGUCAUAGAGUUUUAGUUAGCGUUUUUUGUUUUGACAGUAGUUAGCAGGUCAUCGUAGGGUCCAAUCGCUGCACUAAUUUUGUCUGUAAUCUUUUCGUUUGUGAUGCGGUCUUUGUAUGUGAUACCCAGGAUCUUUCUGUAACAUCUCAAUUUCAUUGCUAGGAUCCUCCUCUCUAGCUUUGCAGUCAGCGUCCAAGAUUCACAAGGAUAUAAGAAUGUGGUCAUGACCAGUCUGAUUUUAGUGUUGAGUGCUAUGCUUUGGUCUUUCCAUAUUUUUUGAGUUUUGCAAGUGCUGCUGUGGACUGUUUAUUCUGGCCAGUUUUUUUUUUUUUUUGUCAGGUUUGCCUUUAUUGAUCAAACUUCAAUGUAAAGAUUACAUCACUGAACAGACGUUUUACAAUAAUUGUCAUUUAAUUUGGCCGUGACACUCGUAGGGACUCUUGUGCUUGACAAACUUUCAUCCAUUACACCUGAGAGAUAUUCAAUUUGUUGAUACUGCCUGUUAGCAGAUAAACUUCGAUCACAACAGAAUUUGAUACCAACCCAAAAUCCUAAAGUUUUAAAAGGUUAUCUUUUAUUGUGUACAUAAUUGUAUGUUUUCAAAGAACUGACCUUUUAUAUUACCUGCCCAUUGUGUUAAUUUAGUGAGGAUGGUGGAAUAGAAAUUAAUUGUUCACAUUUUGAAAUGGUUCAAAUAUUUUCUUUGGAACAUAGAUCUUCUUUUGUGCUCUUUGAAAAAUAAGUAAUGUAGUAUUAGACUUAUGUCACGAGUCAUUUAUUCAAGACAAAAUAAUUCCAAUUCAUUUUUUUGGCCAAUUUUAUAAAGUGAGGUAGAGUUAAACUGUAAUACUACUAUCAAGCAGUGGAGUGCUGGUGGUGCGGGCUUUAGUGAAAUGAAGUCAGUACACACUCUCAGUCUGGGCGCGUAAUGUUGUUUGAAAGGCGGAUCUCAGAGGGAUGUUGUUACCCCCUCAAUCUUUAUUCGUAUCCCAUUAAUUAUCACUAAUUACUUAUGUAAACGAAACGUAAAAAAAAUACUCAGAAAGACACAAAGAUAAAGACACAUUCCUUGUUCCUUAUGCGAGGACAAAUUUGUACAAAAGCUCCUUCUUCGCUAGCGUUAUUAGAGCAUGGAAUGGGUUGCCUGAGCUAGCCAGGAAAAGUCAUUGUUUAGCAUGCAUAACCAGAUGCAUUACGAGUAGGACGUUAUCAUCUUCUUUCUUUAUAGUAACGUCUGUAUUAUAUAAGAUAAGAAGGAGAAGAAGAUACGUCUCUAAGUAUUGCGUCCUUCAGUUAUGUACAAAACAGUAAUUUCACUGGGGCGAUGUGUCCUGGUUCAAAGUCGAUGUCCAACGUGCUACAUUUCAUUGUCUUAUUAUUUCCUUGUCACACUUCUUUUCUUCUGCCAGCUACUGGCUACAUCUUUUCGAGCCAGCGCUAGGUUUUACGCGGCCCAGGAUAAAUUAGGCAUUGGUACAAACAUGGCUAUACUUUUUAUAGAUACAUUUAUUUUGUUCUAACCCUAAUGAGAUUGUCUGAGCCUUGAAUUCCAAAGAUGCGCUUCAUAUUAACAAAGUUUCAUCAUUUUCUUUGAAGCCGUGAUUGAAAUAAAAAAAAGCAUAGACUAUAACAUUCAGUUGCGUGUCUUCUUUAUCUGGUGCGGAUGACCUACUCUCCCCAUUUCUGGCCUUAUGUCACUAUGGCUAAUAAAAACACAACAACGGUCAAAAUGUUUAUGAAUACCAAAACUUCUCAAUUUUUUUUUUUGAUUGGGGGGGGGGGGGGGUGAGAGUAAGACGUUGAACUUUAGAACUUUACAUGGUCGCCCCUGCUUACACCCAAGCGCAGAAUAUGACCUUAUUCUUCACUUGUACUCUUUAUAUAUAUAUAUAUAUAUUUAUAUAUAUAUAUAUAUAUAUAUUAUUGUCGCUAUGCCCUAGUGCCAUACAUACAAUUCUUUAUUUGUUUCAAUUAGUAAAUAUAUACAAAUUUCAAUUGUAAAUAAAAAUAAGUUGUUCAUCUACCAUAUUUUAAAGUAACAAUGAAAUGUCCAUGGAAGUCAUUCAUAAAAUGUUCACUUUGAAUCUCUUUUUUUUUUGUUCUAUCCUUGUCUUAACUAAUGUUGACAUUACUAUGGACACAUUUUUUAAAAAUUUGCUACGAACACAAAAGUUUUUGGAUUUGCUAUGGACAGAAAAGUUUUUUGGAUAGUGCUUCAUGUUGUGUGUUGAUGUUGUACACAUGUGGAUGUUCUUUUUUUCUUUCUACUUUCCUAUGUCAAGUCAAUGUACACAUAUUUUUUUUCCAGUUUGUACACAAACUAUAACAUGCGUUUCUUCAUACACCUAUGUUAAAGUUGAUAUACAUGGGCACUAACUCCGGUGCGUGGAACUCCAAAGAGAACACUAGUACCAGAUAUGGCUUUUAUUUACUAGGUCAGUGCUGGAAAACAUUCUUGUUCAGUUAUUAUUGUAUUGCGUGAGGGCAUGCGAAAAAGUCAAACAUAUUUCUAUAUCAGUCUCGUCAAUAGGGUCGGUGUCUCCCGGUGCGGCCGUACCCCCGCACCCCCUUGUGACGCCACUGUUCAAUAUUAUUUGUAUUUUUUUUAUGUGAAUACUGCAUUACUUGGAUGCCCCUCGGUCAAUUCUUCCUCUUGCAUAUAACGGCUCGAGUAAAACCCAAGUAGACACUCGUAGUUUCUUUAUCUCUAAAAUCUGGCCAUGUUGAAAAUGUUGUAAUUCACUAUUGCUCAUAGAUCUAGGUCUCGGGAAAAAAGUUCACCAUGUGAUGAUGUUAGUUAAGUUUGGGUUUGAAUUCUUCCAAGUAUUUUCUGAAGGGAAUCUAUGUCGCGUUGACACUAAGGACAAGCCAAUGUAUAAUAAGUCAAAAAAAAUUCGAAAGAAAUUCUUUUAGAAAAACCGCAAAACCUCUUGGAUAUGUGAUUUGUCAACCAGUUUUCUCUGCUUCUCUUUCCUGCCAUUUCCAGCGUCCCAAAAACUAAGACCACCCUUUCAUUCUUGAUUUUUCUUUUGUUUGCCUCCCUUUACUGUGGCUGCUCCUCGCAUGAAAUUAUUCUGUUUAAGUAAUAGCCAUUCUGAAAAAUUCAUAUAAUAAAAAAGUUUCCCUUUCAGACCUUGCUAUCUAUGGGGCCAAUGAUGUUAAGGUCAUCUGUUUCUUUGGCCAACGUUUAACGAGCAGGGUGUCAUGUGGCCAGCACAACGACGAACUGCCUUUACUUUCCCCAACUAAAUUCAGGUACCCAUUAGAGCUGAGUGGACUUAUGGAAGCCCUAAAAUUCCCGGAAUUCAAAAUCCCAGCCUUCAGCGUCCCCCUUUCAUUACAAGCAGGCAGUUUGUUUUAUGGUCUCCCUAUUCAUGUACAAGUUGAUUCUGAUGCAAGAUGUGACAUUUUGCGAGAAUGUGGUCUACUGUCUCCUCCUCAUCUCUGCUGUGGCAGAUUUGUAUGUAGCAAAUUCUCUCGGAAUGGCCCCCUAUUACUCGUUUAUAGGGCAACGACCAACUUGGAAUUCGGCUAAGACGCCUUGUUCAAUUCGCUUGAGUUGCCACCAUGCAUCUUUGCCUUUUUUCUAUUGAGCUUUUUUUUUUUUUUGCCUUCCUGAGAUUCUCUCAUUACAAAGAUUAAGGACAUUCUUAGGAUAUUCUAAGGAUUUCCUUGAGAUAUUCUUAGUAUAUUCUUAGGAUGUUCUUAUGAUGUUUUUAGGAUGCUCUUAGGAUAUUCUUAGGAUGUUCCUAUGAUAUUCCAAGGAUUUCUUGAGAUAUCCUUAGGAUAUUCUUAGGAUAUUCUUGACAUUCAAUAUAAUUUCCCACGUCAACACUGUAUAAUACUUAUGGAUACUAUAUUUUUUGGAAACUCGAAGUAUCUAACUUAAUAGUAAUAUAAACACUAUAAAUGGAUGUUAAAAGUACAGAUUUCAAUUUUAAAACUGUUCAAAAGUAUCAAUUAUAUUUGACAACUACUCUGAAAACAUUGUUAAUAUUAUUUGUAUGGUAUAUUAUCGCUUAAUUCAACAAGACUUAAGUUUUGACAUCUCUUAGAGCUAUCGUUUUUUUUUUUGGGGGGGGGGGGGGGAUGGGGAAUGGGAAGUCAGUACAAUGGCCAGGUAAGUCGGAUUAAAUGGAAGUUUGGGAAAUCUGGACCUACCUAGCCCUAUUUCUUUAACUCAUUCGCCUUGUCUAAUAAAUACACUUUCAGUUUGUGCCUUAUUCAAGAACAGGAACGUGGAACAUUUUUAUCUUGCCUUUUUUCUACUAUUCAAAAUAAUGAAAACAAAACGCACAAAAAGCCUUUAAAAAACGCUGCUUUUUUUUUUGUUUGUUUCCUACAUGUGUCACUCCAUUCGCGUUGAAUUAGUCAGAUAUGUCACGCCUUUACGUUGAUAUUUUAACCCAAUCGGUGAGAUUACACAAGGAUUAACGUUUGAAUACAACCUGAUUAUUUCUGUGCGCUACUUUAAUUCAGCUAUUUGUCGUAUUGUUGUUGUUGUUUUUUAACUAUUUAUGGACAUUUAUUUUUAUGAGUUGAAAAAAAAACGUAAAAGCGUUUACUUCUGCCAGUCUUACAAUGCGGAAACACUUAUCUCGGAUAGCUACGGAAACGCUUAUCUCAGAUACCUACGGAAACGCUUAUCUCAGAUAGCUACGGAAACGCUUAUCUCAGAUAGCUACGGAAACGCUUAUCUCAGAUACCUACGGAAACACUUAUCUCAGAUAGCUACGGAAGGGCUACUGUAAGUUUCGAGUCUCCUCAGGACAAAGAUGUUUGAAAUAAAAAUAAUAAAUAAAUUAAAACAGCAUACGAUCUUUUUUUUUUUUGAAACAUAUCUUUCCGUCUUUUUUUUUUUUUUUACAAACCUUAUAUCAACUUACGCGCUGUCUGUCUCGUAAAAGGUGUGUGCCCAUUCUUUCUCCCACACCCAUUAUCGGAUGAAGUUGAAACUUCGCACAAUUAUUUUUUGACAUAGACAAGACAUGAAUCAUUAAAGAAAAAAAAAAAGUAAUUAAUUUUUUUGUUUGCUACCAAGAAGGUAAAGUUAUACUUCAGUAUUCGCAGGUAUGGCUAAAUUUGUUGGGUUUAGUCCCCUUAAAUAAUUGUUAACGUUAUUUCUCCCUCGCGCAUUCUCCGCUUUAAACAAGUAUUCAUUCUACCUAACAAAACAUGAAUCACUUUUUUUUAAAAUACCAAAUGUAUUGAGUUAUUAUUUUGAUAUUAUUAAAGGGAAAUAACGUGCGCAUUAUUGAUACAGUUAUAAGGGCGGAAUUCUUCCCCUUUAGAUGAGAUUUUUUAAAAGGAUUGUUCAUAUUUUGGCUUCUUUCUAUCUAGUGUAUUUGUGUAGUAUUCAAUCUCACCAAAUGAAUAUUUAACCUUGAUAACACUAAGAGAUUUUUUUUUUACUUUAUUAACAAGUCCUUUCUGCACUGUGGAUAUGUAGGGAUUUCCUUUAUACAAAUGCACUGAUAAUUAAUUGCUCCGAAAAAAGAUAUAUGUAUAGAGUUCGAAUAUCUACAGAAUUUACAGAAUCACCUCCAAAAAAGGAGCUUCAACAUUUUAACAUUUCUUUUGCAUGAUUUCCAGAAAAGAAAAACACAAAAUGCCUAUCUCAAUAAUGUAGAAUAUAUUCCCCUUUUCGAAAUCAAAACAAAUAAUUAAUUACCAAUAAUUAAUUGAGUAAUUGGUUAAUUUUUAAAAAUUGAUAAGUACAAUAAUUUUUACUAUUUUUUAAAGUUUCAACUUGAUCCGAGAAUGGGCGUAAGAGAAAUAACGUGUACAAUUAUCGAAGUGUACAAAACCCCACAUAUCAGCCAUAUGUCAAAAUACAGAAGGAAUUAUUUCCCUUGUUAGUAUAAAAAAGAUAAUUAUUAAUUAAUUGACUAAUUAGUUAUGUUUUUUUUAAAUUGAUUCAUGUUUUGUUAGGUGCAAUGAAAAAAUGUGUUAAGUUUCAACUUGAUUCGAGAAUGGGUGUAGGAAAAAUUGCGCGCUCAAAAAAAAGGUGUGGGGGGGGUGCUCCGAAAUAGUUACCGAAUUUAGCCUCAAUGAAUUGAACUUUUUUGUUCAUGUGAACAAUUCAACACGAGUUACUUGAACGUAUAUUUUUUCAAAUGUUCACGUUAUUUGUGUAGUGUAAUAAAACGGACACUUUAAUUAGACUUUUUAAUAUCUUUGUACUUCAACUGGAAAUUGUUUUGGUUCAAUUCAAAUCAGACCUGAAACUUCUGUUGUUAAUGUAGUCAAUCUGCUUUCUAAAUCUGUAGAAUACUCCAUUGUGUCUCUAGUGUGCGUUGAAACCUUUCAAUAGAAAUACUCCGAUGACAUGCACACCUAGACAUCUUGACUUAUCACUAACUGUUUUUUUUUAAGUUCAAGUACAUGCACAUCUAGACGUCUCAACUUAUUAUUAACUGUAUUAAGUUCAAUGACAUGCACAUCUAGACAUCUGAACUUAAUACUAACUGUGUUAAGUUCAAUGAUAUGCACAUCUAGACAUCUGAACUAAUUAACUGUGUUAAUUUCAAUGACAUGCACAUCUAGACAUCUGAACUAAUUAACUGUGUUAAGCCUACUAUGUAUAUGACUUCGUUACUUCACAAAUACAGUGCUUUUUUUCGCCGACUUUUACACCUAUGACACUGUUCUCCGCCUUCAGCUUCUAGAACUUAAACUAAAAACUAAAAUUAAUAGAAACUGAAACAAAUUAAAAAAAAACAACAGAGGGACUUUAUUCAUGGAAAGGGGGGGGGGGUGACUAAUUUGAAUUCCUCCUCACAUUUCCUAGUGCUUAAAAUCCACUUGGGAAACGCCGUGAUCCGUCGCGGGAGAUGCUUCACACAGCCACCAUCGAUCCUCGGAGCCACGGUAUGUUUAUGAAAGUAUUUACGCAUUUGAACAGUAAAGUUACAACUCUCUCUGUCUCUCGACCCUGUACUCAUUUCAUCAGGCGUGGGUGUGCAUUCUAAACAAGCAUCCAAUAGUGUAUGUCGUUUACAAGGGUGAGUAUGCACGUAUAUACUAAUCUCAUACUUUUAUACAUUUUGGGAUUAUUUUUUCCAGGUAUAAAUUCAUAAAACAUAUUUUUCAUCGAAAAAAAGCGAAGAGACGUGAACACCUUUUUUUCCUCCCGUUCAUUUCUUAUUUUAAAAACAAAACACACACACACUUAGCGAAGAGCCGCGCAAGUGAAAGUGCUAAGUGGCGAAGGAUCAACUGUGAAACCUUCUUUCACUGAAUCCGACGCUUUGGUUGCCACAGGUGUGUACGCUUACACUCAUAUGUACUGAAUAGUUUUCCCUACCUCUGCUGUUUUAACGACGUGUCCAGAUAUUAUAUAUUUAGAAUGUUUCUUUAUCAUAUAUCAUGUAACCCUUUUAUAAGAGUAACCUUUUAUCUCCUUGUAACCUUUUUUUUCUUUUAUGUAACCCUUUUUGUUUUUAAAAUUGUUUUUCAAGAUUUGUUCCUAAUGUCAUGUUUGUGUUUACGUCUAAGUUACUUCUUUAAUAUUAAUAUAUAUUUCAAUGUAACCUGACCUCAGAGAGAAGUUCUUGCUCGAGAUCCCAGACUUUGGUGUCACGUGUUGUAGUUGAUAGCUCCUCAACCACCAAAGCGAAAGCCACCUUGACAUGCCAAAUAUGUGAAGGGGAGUGUCUCUCCAAAA